AAACCUCACUCCCCUCUCUCUCUUUCAUUUACCACUUUGUCUCUCCUCUCAACACUCUUCCAAAACACACACUCCCUAGCAAACAAUUAAAGCAACCCAUCUCAGUGACAGCAUCAAAAUAGACAGCUAUGGCUUCUGCAACACCACCUUCUUCAAGUACUUGGUUGAAGCCCAAAAUCUCCAUUUCUUCAUCAAGAGAACUGUUGGGUUCUUCAUCCAGUUCAGUCUCUUUCAACAACCCCAAUAAAGAAUACAGCAUUAAUUGCUCUCUCCAAACUCCUUCAAUUCUCCAUUUCCCAAAACAGUCUUCUUCGACAAUUUAUCAAGCACCUUGCCCAUAUGAAAGCUCUUCUUCAUCUCCUUCCUUAUCUCAAUCUCCAUCUCCACCUCCAUCUCCACCUCCAUCUCCAUCUUCAUCUUCAUCUUCCUCAAGCCCACAAUGGAAUUUACUACAGAGAGCAGCAUCAAUGGCGUUAAACGCAGUGGAGAGCGCGUUAACGGCACGCGAGCUUGAGCAACCUUUGCCGAAAACAGCCGACCCCGGAGUCCAAAUUGCAGGCAACUUUGCUCCGGUGCCGGAACAGCCCGUCUGUUACUCACUUCCGGUUACCGGAAAAAUACCCGAAUGCGUACAAGGUGUUUAUGUCCGGAACGGCGCCAACCCUUUAUUUGAACCCGUCGCCGGACACCACUUCUUCGACGGCGACGGCAUGGUCCACGCCGUUCAAUUCAAGAACGGGUCAGCAAGCUACGCUUGCCGGUUCACGGAGACUCAAAGACUCGUCCAAGAACGAAGCUUAGGCCGGCCAGUUUUCCCCAAAGCCAUUGGUGAACUCCAUGGCCACUCCGGCAUAGCUAGGCUUCUACUGUUCUAUGCUCGUGGACUCUUAGGCCUCGUUGAUCACAAUCACGGCACCGGAGUGGCCAACGCUGGGUUGGUUUACUUCAACAAUCGAUUACUCGCCAUGUCUGAAGAUGACUUGCCGUACCAUGUCAAAGUUACUCCCUCCGGCGACCUCCGUACAGUGGAAAGAUACAACUUUGAUGGUCAACUCAAGUCCACCAUGAUAGCUCACCCGAAGCUCGACCCAGUUUCCGGCGAGCUAUUUGCUCUGAGCUACGACGUUAUUCAGAAACCUUACCUCAAGUACUUCAAAUUCUCACAAGAUGGAAAUAAAUCACCCGAUAUUGAAAUACCAGUUUCUGAGCCAACUAUGAUGCAUGACUUUGCAAUUACAGAAAAUUUUGUGGUUGUUCCUGAUCAGCAAGUUGUGUUCAAGAUUUCCGAAAUGGUUCGCGGUGGCUCUCCGGUGGUGUAUGACAAGAACAAGGUGCCAAGAUUUGGGGUUCUUGAGAAAUAUGCUAAAGAUGGUUCUGAGAUCAAAUGGAUUGAGUGUCCUGAUUGCUUUUGUUUUCAUCUUUGGAAUGCUUGGGAAGAGCCAGAGACUGAUGAGAUUGUUGUGAUUGGGUCAUGUAUGACCCCUCCAGACUCCAUUUUCAACGCAUGUGACGAAGGAUUACAGAGUGUUUUAUCAGAAAUUCGCCUCAAUUUGAAGACCGGAAAGUCCACUCGCCGGCCAAUUAUAUCAAAUUCCGACGAUCAAGUGAACUUGGAGGCAGGAAUGGUGAACAGAAACAAGCUAGGACGAAAAACCCAGUUUGCAUAUCUAGCCAUAGCUGAGCCAUGGCCUAAAGUAUCGGGUUUUGCUAAAGUGGACCUUUCAAAUGGUGAAGUCAAGAAGUAUAUCUAUGGAGAUCAAAAAUAUGGUGGUGAGCCUCUGUUUCUUCCAAAAACCCCCAAUUCUGAGAAAGAAGAUGAUGGGUAUAUUCUAGCUUUCGUUCACGACGAAAAGGCAUGGAAAUCAGAGCUACAGAUCGUUAAUGCAAUGACAUUGGAGAUAGAGGCUUGUGUGAAGCUUCCAAGCAGAGUACCAUAUGGUUUUCAUGGUACUUUUAUCAGUGCCAAAGAUUUAGCAACCCAAGCCUGAUUUGGAUAAAAGGGCUUGAAGAUUGAUGGUCAUAAUGUUUGAUAGAUUGUGUUUUGAUAUAUCUGCUAAGGAGAUUUACCAGAGGGAUGGCUGGAGAUAUGUCCCCGGAGUCUCCUAGCUGGUUAUAGUGACAGCCCUGUUUUAUGGGGCUUAUCUAUAAUUCUUCUUUUUUUUUUAAGCUUAUUGUGGGGUGAUUUUAUGUGGAGGUUUUGGGAGACCAGCUUGUAGCUUUUGGAUGUUGGUAGAAAUGAAGCUCAGCUGGUUUCUGCUUAUUCUCUCACAUAUUAGAAUGAGAUAGUAUUGUACUAUGUUAUUAUUAGGAGAAACAGAGGUAUGUGUUUGUCUCUGUAUUACUCUGUUUCUUUGUAAAUAAUGGCAUAUACUGUUUCUUUAUGUUGUGUAUUUAUGUUCUUGCCUAUGUGUGAUAUGUUUUCAUCUAUAGUUGAGUAUAGAAAAGUUAAG